AUGGGCAAGGACGAGAAGACUCACAUCAACGUCGUGGUCAUCGGCCACGUCGACUCCGGAAAGUCGACCACCACUGGUCACCUGAUCUACCAGUGCGGCGGAAUUGACAAGCGAACCAUUGAGAAGUUCGAGAAGGAGGCAGCCGAGUUGGGUAAAGGAAGUUUCAAGUAUGCCUGGGUUCUGGACAAGCUGAAGGCCGAGCGUGAGCGUGGUAUCACCAUUGAUAUUGCCCUCUGGAAGUUCGAGACUCCCAAGUACCACGUCACUGUCAUUGACGCUCCCGGUCACCGUGAUUUCAUCAAGAACAUGAUCACUGGUACUUCCCAGGCCGACUGCGGUAUCCUGAUUAUCGCUGCCGGUACUGGUGAGUUCGAGGCUGGUAUCUCCAAGGAUGGCCAGACCCGUGAGCACGCCCUGCUCGCCUACACCCUUGGUGUCCGCCAGAUCAUCGUUGCUAUCAACAAGAUGGACACGGCCAAGUGGGCUGAGGCUCGUUACCUUGAGAUCGUCAAGGAGACCUCCACCUUCAUCAAGAAGGUCGGCUACAACCCCAAGACCGUCCCGUUCGUCCCCAUCUCCGGCUUCAACGGUGACAACAUGUUGGCUGCCUCCACCAACUGCCCCUGGUACAAGGGUUGGGAGAAGGAGACCAAGGCCGGCAAGUCCAGUGGCAAGACCCUCCUCGAGGCCAUUGACGCCAUCGAGCCCCCCAAGCGUCCCUCCGACAAGCCCCUCCGCCUUCCCCUCCAGGAUGUGUACAAGAUCGGUGGUAUUGGCACGGUUCCCGUCGGCCGUAUCGAGACUGGUACCCUGAAGCCCGGCAUGGUCGUCACCUUCGCCCCCGCUGGUGUCACCACUGAAGUCAAGUCCGUCGAGAUGCACCACGAGCAGCUCACUGAGGGUCUCCCCGGUGACAACGUUGGUUUCAACGUCAAGAACGUGUCCGUCAAGGACAUUCGCCGUGGCAACGUCGCCUCCGACUCCAAGAACGACCCCGCCAUGGGUGCCGCCUCUUUCGAUGCCCAGGUCAUCGUUCUCAACCACCCUGGUCAGGUUGGUGCCGGUUACGCUCCCGUCCUCGACUGCCACACCGCCCACAUUGCCUGCAAGUUCGCUGAGCUCAAGGAGAAGAUUGACCGCCGUACCGGCAAGUCGACUGAGGAGGCCCCCAAGUUCAUCAAGUCUGGUGACUCUGCCAUCGUCAAGAUGAUCCCCUCCAAGCCCAUGUGUGUUGAGGCUUUCACUGACUACCCCCCUCUGGGCCGCUUCGCCGUCCGUGACAUGCGCCAGACCGUCGCCGUCGGUGUCAUCAAGUCCGUCGAGAAGGCCGCUGCUGGUGCCGGUAAGGUCACCAAGUCCGCUGCCAAGGCCUCCAAGAAAUAA